AUGUAAAGUAGCAAAAUAAAAUAAUAGUAAGACAAUUCGAUCCAAAAUUCCUUUUAUCUUUUAUUGUCAUAUUUUAAUAUGCCACUCUCCUUUGUUUUGUCUAAUCAUCUUCUCUCUUUUUACAAUGUCAACCAGAUUCCGGUAGUUUCUCCCCCAUAUACCCCGCACCCCUACCCACCCCCACAAUAAUAUAUAUGUGUGUAUAUAAAUACAACUCUCAGUUCAUUAAAUUCAGUUUCAUGUAAUACCAAAAACAAGCACUAUACUCAAGGAGAAGUACAAGAGAGCAAACAAGUAUAGUUUUAAUUUUACUAGCUAGUGGACAAAAACAAAUUGGUCAUGGCUGAUGAGUAUCAAGCUGGAGUUUGUGGAGGAAACUGGUGGAAUUCAAGUAGAAGUAUAUUUGGUUCAUCAUUAUGUGCAUCUUCAGUUCCUUUAGGGAACUCCAACUUUGCAUGGCCAAAUGAUCAUUUGUUGGAUAUGAAAUCCUCCUGUAGGUCUAAUGAUGAAUCUGGUAAUUCUGAUGAAUCUGUAGUUCUUCAAGAAUUACCCAAGCAUGAUUCCACUCUACAAAUCUUGGGUAUUGGCCUUAAUUCUUCAUCAACAUCAGAUAACUGGAAUCAUACCUUGAUCCAUGGAAAUGAUAAAAGUGAAAGCAGCUACCCUUCAAUACUACUACAAGACCUAAAUUCAAGCAUGAACUACCAGCAAGAAAGUGGAGUUGAUUGUUCAAGCAACUCAUUUAAACAAGAUUUCACCUUAGGCAUGAAUCAUCCCAUCACUAGCUCAACUAAUACUGAUGAUCAAUCCACUACUAUGAUUUCUUCAACCUUCCCAAUGGAUUCUUCCUUCUCUAAUUAUACUUCAUCUUUACUUCAAACUCUAUUUGAAAAUGAUCCUCCUAAUCCUCCUCAACAACAACAACCACAAUUACAACAAUCUAUGUUUGCUACUAAUAACAACCAGCCAGUGAGCUUCCCAACAUCAUCCUUAAACUAUAGGCCAGAUUUGAAUGAUUUUUCACCUUCUUUGCCUAAAUUCCCUAAUUCCUUGAUGAGGCCUUCAUUAGCUUUACCAAAACAAACGCCUUCUGAUUUUCCAAAUUACUCUAUUAAUGCUACAGCCCCUCUCUACAAUACUUCAUCAGCCACAUCGUUGAACAAUAUGCGCGGCAAUCUUUUGCCUUCGAUGCAUCAACAACUGUUGCAGUCACCAACAUUUAACGAGAAAUCAAGUGUUCCUAACCGUAAUUCUAAGUCUAAUGUUGAAGAAUUAAGAGAGUCGAGCUCGAGGGUGGCUAAGAAAAGUGGGAAUAAUGAGCCAACAUUGAAGAGAGCAAGAAUAGAGACACCAUCACCAUUGCCAAGUUUUAAGGUCAGAAAAGAGAAGUUGGGGGACCGGAUUACUGCUCUCCAGCAAUUGGUUUCACCUUUUGGAAAGACUGAUACAGCUUCAGUUCUCCAUGAAGCUAUUGAGUACAUCAAAUUUCUCCACGAUCAAGUCAAUGUUCUUAGUACUCCUUAUUUGAAAAAUGGAUCAACCUCUCAACAACAACAGAUUGUUGAUAAGGUUAAGGAACAAGAUUUGAGGAGCCGAGGAUUAUGCCUCGUACCGAUAUCGAGUACUUUCCCAGUAGCAACUGAAACUACUUCAGAUUUUUGGACUCCAAAUUUUGGUGGUACUACAUUCAGGUAGAAACUUGAAAUCAGUAAGCAGAAGCUGGAGAAGAAGUGAUUUAAUUUUAGCACAUUUGGUAAUGAAAAGAAAAGAGAAAAGGGGAAAGUGAGAAUUCAAAGGAAGACAGCCAAUUCUGGGCCAUAUCUACAGGCAGAAUGAUGUGUUGGGUAGGCUAAGUACAUGAUUAAUAUAGAGAGGAUGGGAUAGUUAAAUGUAGAGCUGUAAUAACAUCAAUUAAUUAAUUAAUUAAUAAUCUGCAGGGAUUAGGAACAGGAACAGGUGCUAAAUUUAGCUGAGAUACUACUUUUAGAUUACUUUAUUUAACAUUUGUGUUUAUGUUUUCUGUACGCUGUUGCUGUUCGUGUUGGUUGGGCUGAAUUUAGCACAUUAUAAGGAACUUUUUGUUCCUGUUCCUAUAUUUAUAUUAAUGUUCGUAUAAGUUAUCAUGA